AUUUCAGUUCAGUUUGCAUGGUGCUUGUUUUUCAUUCGUGUUUUUAUUCAAAUAUAAACUAAAUUAAUAAUAUUAUAUUAUAAAUAAAACAUACAAUAAACAAUAUGCUACGGAAAAAGUCUACAAAAACCAAAACUGUGUCGGAUAAAAUAUCUGAUUUACUGGCACGCCGCGCCAACGUUGAAGAUGAUAGCAGCGAUGAGCAAAAUGAGGACCCACGUGUGGAGGAGGAAUUCGAUGAAUACGAUUUGCCCGAUGCACGCACAUCAGAUAUAAGGAAACGUAAUGUAAAAUUGUUGUCCGAGCAAAGCGCGCGUUAUAGAGGAAAAAUAUCAUCACGUAAUGAAUUCGAGGAGGAAGAUGUAGCAGAUUCUUCGGAGGGCGAAGAAAGUGGGGAAGAAGAAGAAGAAGAUGAUGAUGAUUAUUCAUCCGAUGGCGAUAAUGAUGAGGCGUUAGCAGCGUUCAGCAAAAAGUUGAAUGGUGCAGCGAGUAAAACGAAAACAGUAGUGACAGCAGAGGAUGACAGUGAUGAUGAUAUGAAUGAAAGCACUAACUUCGAAAAUGCGGAGGAAGAUAGUGAUGAUGGUGAUAAUGAUGAUGCAGAUGACGAAGAAGAAGAAGCAGACGGUGAAGGCGAGGAUUACGAGGAUAGUGAUGAUGAGGAGGGCAUAGAGAGUAAUGACGAUGCUAGUGAUGAAGAGAAUGCAGACGGUACAGACAUAAUCGCUGAAACAAAUCGUCAAGCUGAGGUGCAAAAAGGACAAUGUGUACAAAAUCAGCUACAAAUUUGGGAGCGUUUAUUAGAAAUGCGUAUACAUACACAAAAAAUUCUGAGCAAAUCCAACCAACUGCCACCGCCAGAUACACUCAAGGCACAACAGCAGAAUAAUGAAAAACUAAAUAGCAUAUCGCAACAAUCUGUUAAUAGCGUUAGUAAAUUACUUAGCACUUUGCUGCAACUACAAAAUGCUUUCGAUCAGCAAUUUUCAGAACAACGCAAUGCAUUGAAGAAGUCGCUAAAACGCGCGCUACCCAAAUAUGAUGCUGAAAAUGAUAAUGCCGUACCAAUUAAACGUUAUGCUGAACACAUUGAUGUGCAUUUCCAAGAAUUUAAACCCUAUCGCAAUGCGGUACUGCUCAAGUGGGAUGAUCGUACAAAAUUGCUAACACCCGGUGCUGGUGCUAAGAAAAAAUCACUCACCGAAGAUUAUGACAUAAUACGCAAAAUUGAGAAUACCCUACAAAAUCGCAGCACACUCAUUGAGAAAUCGCAAGCUUCGAAAGAUGGUGAUGAAGUUGCUACGGAAAAUGAAGUGACUGAAAAUGGUCAUGUACAAAAUGCACACAAGUCCAAACGAAAUGUGGAACUUUAUGACGAUAGCGACUUUUAUCAUCAACAACUGCGCGAGCUAAUCGAAUAUAAGAGCAACACAUCGGUUAGUGCCAGUGAAGUAACACAACAGUACAUGGAGUUGCAGAAGUUGCGGCAAAAAAUGAAGAAAAAGGUCGACACACGCGCCAGUAAGGGACGCAAAUUGCGUUACACGGUGCAUAAUAAACUCAUCAAUUUCAUGGCGCCAGACGACACAUCAACUUGGACGGAAGAAUCGAAAGAAGAAUUAUAUAGAUCAUUAUUUGCCGCUUAGUUUUCUAAUAAGUGAAAUAGUGUACUGUGUAAAUAAAAUAAACUGUGCCUGUGUAGAAAAAUUAAAAAAAAGUUUUCUUUUUAAAAUUAACUAUGCCUUGUAGAAAAAUUAAAAAAAAGCUGAAAUUAACUGUGCCUGUGUUUAAAAAAUGAAGAAAAACGCCUUUCUUCUCAAUUUUUAGCACGUCUUACCAAAAUUUGUUUUAAAGUAAAAAAAAACUAAUUUUAUAUGCAUAUUUUUUUAGUUUUCUAUUAUUUAUUUAAUAAACAUAGUCGUUGUGUCAAGUGUGCGCACAACUUGCAAAUUGUCGGCAAUAUUAUACAUGUAUUAAUUAUCCUCAAUAUUCAAGUGUCUUAGUGGUUUUGCAAUGCCAAAUUGUUAUUAUUAUUAUUAUUUGAAUUACUAUACUCCAACCGUGAAUUAUUAUGUAUACUUUACCGCUUUCAGCAAACUAUUUGCAUUUCUGCUUCAAAUGUGUUACAGUAGUUGUGUCAGUUAUUAUAUUUUUUUGUGUUUUUGUAAAAAUUAUUGUAUACUAUUUUUAUUGUUAGUUAUGUAGGUAGGUAUUUAUAAUGUAUGUGUUCAUAAUUGGUGUAGAGUGUAGGUCGUAAUUAUGUUAUUGUAGUAUGGUACAGGAAGAACUUAAAACUUUUCUUAUCCAUGUCGAAAAGAAAUUUGCAAGAAAUAGAGCACCAUGAGAGUUGUGACAACAUUAACACUUAAAUUUGCAUACACAGCAUUCCAGAAAUAAUUAGACCAAUAUUUUACUGCACUUUUACACUAAUCUGAACUGUUUACAGUCCUGAAGUCCUCCGAAUGCUUGUCAGUUAUAACAAAAAAUAAUUAUAUGAUCCCUAACAAUUGUGUUUAUUUUUGUUCAUAGAUAAAAAAAAACACCGCUGCUUAUCCUGUGUGUGUGUGUUUUUACUACGCCCUUGCAGUUUCCCCAACUUUUAGAUAAAAAGCACAUUAGUAUUUAGGUAUCAUUGUAUGUAUGUAUUGUAUAUUGUUUUAUUCAAUUUAAUAUAGGUAUUUUUAUAUUUAAAUGGUAUGUAUGAUUUGCGCAUGUGUUUGUUAUUAUUAUUAUUUCAUUAAAUCAAUUAUUUUUUUAUAUACUUGUGUCACUAUGUUAUAUGUUUGUAUGUAUGUAUGUAUGGUGUAUAUAGUUGGUUAAUUAUUAAUGUUUAUGUUUGUUAUUGCUACAAGAGAUUCAACGCAAUUCAUGGUUAGUGUGAUGUAUGCACUUCCUGCUGUUUGCUUCUUAAUUUUAUUAUUCGAAGUUAGAAGUCUAUCGUUUCGUGUAACCGUAAAAUCAUAGCCACACCUACAUGGCUAACUACAGUUGCACACUGGUAUUUAUUUACUGGUUAAAAUAUAGCUAUGUAUUUAUGUAUAUAAGUUAUUUUUUCAGUUUUAGUACGGCUUUUCAUGCAUUUCACUUGGUUUUCGUUUCUACUCAGUUUUUUCUUUAAAUUUUACUUUUACUAUGCUAUUUUCACUUGUAUCUGUAAUUAU